UGACAAUCGGCUCUUCCCUUCCACAGAACACGAACUUGCGGAAAGCAUUUGAUUAUCAAAAAUUUAAUUUACUUGAUUGCAUUAAAAUAAAAUAUUAAAUAAUCUUGAGAAAUGGAGGAAACAUCCUCAGAAAAUCCUAAAAGUUUCCUCUAUGCUUGGCUUGGGGCUAGAAAAGUGACACCAGACUAUAAUAUUCGUGGUGCUCCUGGAAAUAAAGCCAGACCUCGUUUCAUUUGUGAGCUACGUGUGGAUGGCUUCAACUACACUGGGGUCGGCAAUUCUAUAAGCAAAAAAGAUGCGUCCACCAAUGCGGCUCGAGACUUUAUCGAAUAUCUUAUACGAACUGCACAAAUUAACCCUAGUGAAGUUCCGGAACAUGCGUUGUCAUUCGUACCUUCAGCGCCGGCCCCUCAAAUAUUUCAACCAGGGGUUAGCGAGGCUAGAGACAAGUCAACUAUGCGACCAGUGUUUAGCGAUGGACAAGGGCCCUCGGAAUUUGGGAAGGCUUAUAGGCGGUACGAUGGGCAAAUCCCAUUCCAAAUGAUGAACGCAAAAAACGUGGCAGAUGCAGAGGAACUUGAUUUUAAUGCAGCGAUUCAUGGAAACUGGACACUGGAAAAUGCUAAAGGUCGACUGCAUCAAUUCCUCCAGACAAAUAGAAUUCACAAUAUGGACUAUGUCUAUAGUACGGUUGGACCAGAUCACCAGAGGAGUUUUCGUGCAGAUAUGGAAUUUUAUGUAAGAGAACUUGGAAGGAAACUACGCGCAUCUGAAACUGGAUCGAACAAACAGACAGCUUCAAAAAGUUGUGCUUUGUCACUCGUUCGACAGCUGUAUCAUUUGGGCGUCAUUGAAGCAUAUUCUGGAUUAACAAAGAAGACAAAGGAAUCCGAGACCAUGAAGUCAUUUGAAGCGUCAAUAGAUCCGGCUCUAAUGCAAAAUGUACAUUCCAUUCUAGGAGAGCUAGGAGUGAUACCGAAGCAAGUUGACCUAAACCAAACUUCCUCCCAAGAUGCGGAAGGGAAUCCUGUAGGCAUCUCUCUGUUGGCAGAUUCGUCCAAACCUGAUGUCAAGUACGAUGUAUCAGAUGCUGGAAAACAUCAGGGAGUAGUUUCAUGGUCCCCACCUCUUCCUAACUGGAAUCCAUGGACUAACUCAAAUAUCGAUUUGGGACAUCUUGCCACUACGAACUUGGAACAACUUAGCAGCGAAUUUCUUGAAAGUUUUCGAUUACAACAACAGACAAAUGAGCAUGUGCAAAAGAUGCUCGAAGUUCGGAACUCACUUCCCGUGUAUAAGUACCGGUCUAUGAUUAUGGAUGCAAUUUCAGAAAAUCAGGUCAUACUAAUUAAGGGUGAAACGGGAUCUGGGAAGACCACACAGAUUUGCCAAUACAUCCUCGAUGAUUAUCUAUUAAGUGAACAGGGAGCAUAUUGUUCUGUCGUUUGUACACAACCAAGGCGAAUUUCUGCCAUUAGUGUGUCGGAACGAGUAGCUUCUGAAAGGGGCGAAGAUUUGGGAGAGAGUACUGGCUAUUCGGUAAGAUUCGAGUCAUGCUUGCCUCGCCCGUAUGCAUCCAUUUUGUUCUGCACCGUAGGAGUUUUGUUGCGGAAGCUAGAAGGAGGUUUAAGAGGUGUUUCGCAUGUAAUUGUGGAUGAAAUUCACGAACGGGAUGUAAAUAGCGACUUUAUUUUAAUCGUGCUUCGCGAUAUGCUAUCUAUCUAUCCUGAUCUCCGCGUGAUUCUAAUGUCUGCUACAAUUGACACGAAUUUGUUCACCGAGUACUUCAAUUCUUGUCCAGUAUUAGAAAUUGAAGGCAGAACAUUCCCGGUUCAGACAUUUUAUCUUGAAGAUAUUGUUGAAAAACUUCAGUUUAAACCUUCUAUGGAUUCCAUAAGGCGAGCCAAAAAGAAGAAGCAAGAAGAAGGAGAAGAUGAAUUAUUAAAGUCUGAAGGAAACAUGAAUAUUCUUCCCCCAGGUUCAGGGUAUUCUGUCAACACUGAAAGAUCUAUGGCACAAAUAUCUGAACAAUUUGUGAAUCCUGAGUUACUCGUGGCACUCUUGGAGCACAUUCGAAGUUUGGAGGCUCGUGGUUCCAUUCUUAUAUUUCUUGACGGGUGGAAUAGCAUCUUUGGAGUGCUAAAAUAUUUGCAAGAGCACCCUAUCUUUGGAUCGGGAUCAAGCUAUCUGUUGCUGCCCCUUCAUUCACAAUUACCCCGUGAAGAUCAGCACAGAGUAUUCCAGCCUGCAGGCCACCUGACUAAGAUUAUACUGGCCACAAAUAUUGCAGAAACUAGCAUAACUAUUGAUGAUGUCGUGUUUGUGGUGGAUUCAUGCAAAGCGAAGCUCAAACUGUUCACAUCACACAACAAUUUGAUGUCAUUUGCUACGGUUUGGGCGUCCAAGAGCAAUUUAAUGCAAAGAAGAGGCAGAGCAGGUCGAGUUCAACCGGGAUAUUGUUUUUGUUUAUGCAGCAAGGCUCGAUAUGAAAGUUUGGAUGCAAAUAUGACCCCCGAAAUGCUGAGAACCCCUCUCCAUGAAAUUGCACUAGCUAUCAAGCUGCUUCGUCUUGGAGGAAUUGGUCAUUUCCUCAGUAAAGCACCAGCUCCACCUUCAAUCGACACGGUUAUUGAAGCACAAGUCCUGCUUACGGAACUCAAUUGUUUGGAUUCCAACUCUGAGUUGACUCCUCUUGGAAAAAUAUUGGCAAAAUUACCAAUCAGUCCAACAUUAGGAAAAAUGCUGAUUCUGGGAACAAUGUUCAAUUGUGCAGAUCCAUUAGCUAUCAUUUCCGCCCAGUCGUCAAAUCUCAGCGAAGUGUUCACACUAGGCCCAGAGAACAAAAGAUUGACUCCAACUCAAAGGGCAUUUGCGUGCCACAAGCACUCGGAUCAUUUAGCGACAUUGAAUGCAUUCCAACAAUGGGAGUAUCACAAAGAAAAAGGAGGUGAACGACAAGAGUUGGAGUUUUGUGCCCAGCGUAUGCUGUCUCAACCUUCUCUUCGCGUCACAUCUGAUGCCAAGAAUCAGCUCCUUCAAGUUUUAGUACAAUGUGGUUUCCCAGAAGAGCAAGUCCUUCCAUGCCAAAUUAAAUUUCGAGAACAGGCUCCAGUUUUGGAUAUAAUAAGAGCUCUUCUAUGUUCCGGUCUAUAUCCGAACGUCUGCUAUCACAAGGAAAAGCGAAAAGUUUUGACGACCGAAUCUAAGCCAGCAUUGGUUCACAAAGCGUCAGUUAACUGUUCGAGAUUUGAGAUUGUAUUCCCGUAUCCGUUCUUUAUUUUUGGAGAAAAGAUUCGAACACGAGCUAUUUCUUGUAAGCAGAUGACAAUGGUCUCCCCCAACCACUUGUUGUUGUUCGGAUCUAGGAAAGUAGAAUUCAUCCAUGGAAUGGUUCGAUUGGAUAAUUGGAUCAAUCUCAAAAUGAAUCCUAAUGAUGCAUCCGCUAUUGUGGCACUGCGUCCUGAAAUUGAGAAGCUGGUUGGAAAAUUGGCGGAAAAUCCAGACGCAUAUUUUCCCCUUCCAGAUCUCGAUCAACGUUUGAUAAAUUUGGUGACAGAACUGAGCAGAAUGAAUCAAGAUAUUGAAGGGGGAGAAGGUGAAGGCUACCAAAGAACUAAUAUCGCUGGUCCUGCUUGGAGAGGAGAUGAAAUGAAUGAUAGUUUUGAUAGUGCAGCGUCCCAAGAUGAAAUUGGCAAUGCAAACAGAGGACUUAAGCGUGGUCUUGAAGAAGAAGCUGGCGUGGGGGACAGUUUCAUUCCCCUUAAAAGACCUAACAAUAAUGGCGACAGUCCUAAUACAGUCCAAGGGCAGCAGACCUACAGUAACCCCCGUUUUGCAGGAGCUACAUCAGCCCUUCCUUAUCCAAGAGCACCACCGCCUCGAUUUGGAGGUGGGCAACAACGGUUCCCCCAGUAUAGAGGAAAUAACUUUCCACAAGGAAGAGGAGCUCACGAAUUUGGCUCUGGGCAAAGAUUUGGAUACCGGAAUGCAUCUCCGCAUCGUGGUUGGAGCCCUCGGGGAUAUGGUGGUGGACGACGACCAGGUCGUUUCAAUCGUGGGUUUCAACACAGGGGGAACUCAUGUUAGUACUAUUUAUUUUUAUACGUUCAACGUGUGGAAUUCUAAAAUUUUUAUUUUAUCUUCAUUUAUGUUUAGAACUUUUGACUAAUAUUUCUUGCUGCUUUUAUUGUGUAAAUGAAAAUGGGAAAGUAACAAAAACAGGAAAUGAAUACCUUAUGGAAUUCAACAAUAGUUUAAUUAACAA